AAGAAGAAACUGUUCUGUUGAAAAGCGAGACGAGGAGCGGAACGAAGCUUAGAAACUCACCGGCACCGGUAUAUCUUCCACAACAAAGCCUCACAGACAAGACAAAGCGAGAGCAAAUAUCUACCCUCAGCCUCUGACUAAACAGACUCCUAUCAACCAGUGUACCCCAGUCAAGAAGCGCAGAUGGACACCAGAAACGCCACUGAAGAAAAACCUGUCCAGCGAUCUAAGUCUUUUAGCUUUAAGACACAAAAGGAAGUGUGCUCAUCAUGUGAGAAGACAGUCUACCCAAUGGAGAGAUUGGUGGCCAACAACCUGGUCUUCCAUUCAACAUGUUUCUGUUGCAAGCACUGCAACGCCAAACUCAGCCUCGGCACCUUUGCAGCUCUUCAAGGCGAGUUUUACUGCAAACCUCACUACCAGCAGCUUUUCAAAAGCAAAGGCAACUAUGACGAGGGCUUUGGACGCAAGCAGCACAAAGAGCUCUGGGCUUCCAAGGAGACAGAUAAUAUAACACAGACCCCAUAGUCAUAUCUGCCUGUGUCCUGGCCUAGAUCUGCCUCUUCUUUUUCCUUGUCCUAACACCUCCAGUAUAUUACAAUGCCUCAUAUGCUGGGGGCACAGUUAAAUCUCACACUCUCUCAUGCUUUUAAAAAAUGCCAUGAACACAGAAACAAAAAGCUUGGGAAUGACUGGCCAGUUGUAACCAUUACUACUAAAAUUUUUGUAGAUACAGUUAAUUAAAAAACUUUAAUUCCUUAAGGUUAUUUUCCAAUUUCCUGCUUGAAAUUGGUAGUUGAGUGUGACCAAAAGUCUUCUCUGGCAUGACGAGUGUAAUAAAAUACACUUUAACUUUAGUCUUUCAGUUUAAUUAAUAAUUUGCACCCUUUUUUUUGGAAUAUUUACUCAGGCAAACACUUCAGCUGAGUAUAAAAGCAUCAAUGUUUUGCAGUAGAGCACAUGCUCAGGUCAAUUUUUGCCCAAGGACUAAAAAAAAAAAUCCAUAGAUUUAAUAGUUUCACUCAUUGUAACAAGACAAAAAAAUGAUCGACCUCAGUGGUA